UUGCGUUAUUUCCAGAUUUAUUAGCUUUUUCUCCAAAUUUUUAAUAAGUUCUUUUUCUAGAUUUGGUGGGAUUUAUCACUCUGCCUGCCUUGUUAUUUAUUGAUGUGUGUGUGUGUAGAUAUAUGCACAACUAAAUUAAGAGAACACGAACCUUUUCAUUGUUUUCCUUUUAACCAGCAAAAACAAAAACACUACUGAAGAUUCCGCAGCUUAAUAUUUGAAAUAAAAAACUUUUUUUAAAAAAACUUGGAUUGACAGAGCUACUCCACCGAAUUAAGAUAAACAAAUUAACCACGGAAUAUCUUCAUUAAAUCCUUGCGAGAAUUCACCCUAUAUUUCCUAUACCUUCCCGGCCUUCAUAUUUCUUUUAUUUCAGGUUGUUGUAAUUGCUAGGAGAUCACUCCCAUGCUAGGUGAUUCAAGUGUGCUAGCAAGCUCUAGUGAUGUUGCGACCACCGCGACUAGGGUCGUCCCUGAAGGUGGUGAAGUUUGCGAAGUUGGCGAUGCAGGUGGUUUUGGUUCAAAUUCAACCGAAGAAGAUAAGAAUAUGGGCGGUGAUCAUGAAGGUGACCGGAUGAAUUAUGGUGCAAACCGGUGGCCUAGACUAGAGACUUUGGCCUUACUGAAGAUAAGGUCCGCUAUGGAUGCAGUGUUUCGGGACUCAAGUCUAAAAGGUCCAUUAUGGGAAGAGGUUUCCAGGAAACUAGCUGAGCUUGGUUAUCAUCGGAGUGCCAAGAAAUGCAAGGAGAAAUUCGAGAACUUAUACAAAUACCACAAGCGAACCAAAGAAGGCCGAACUGGUAAAUCCGAAGGCAAAACUUACAAGUUUUUUGAUGAAUUAGAAGCUUUUCAAAAUCACCAUUCACAUUCAGCACAACCGCCAACAAUAUUCGCACCGCCGCUGCCACCACCAAAAGCUCAAACUCCAACCGCAACAACUGCCACAUUGCCGUGGACUAAUAGUCCUGCUAUCGUCUCUCAUGUUACUGUUCAAUCGACAACAAACCCUAUCGAUAUCUUGUCUCAAGGCAUUGCUACACCGACAACCAUCCACACAAUUAGUCCGAUGCCUUUAUCUUCAAAUUCCCUGAAUCCUUCUCAAGAUACUUUACCAUCUUCUUUACAAAACCUUGCUACACAUCUUUUUUCUAGUUCUACUUCAUCAUCAACAGCAUCAGAUGAAAAAUUGGAAGGAAGUAGGAAAAGAAAGAGAAAGAGAAAUUGGAAGGACUUUUUCCUGAGGCUAACGAGAGAUGUCUUCAAGAAGCAAGAGGAUUUGCAGAAGAAGUUUUUGGAAACGGUAGAGAAAUGCGAGCAUGAAAGAAUGGCACGCGAAGAUGCUUGGAGAAUGAAAGAGAUGGCAAGAAUGAAUAGACAACAUGAAAUUUUAAUCCAAGAACGAUCCACGGCGGCGGCAAAAGAUGCUGCAGUUUUUGCAUUCCUGCAAAAGAUAUCGGGACAGCAAAACUCAACGGAAACACAAGCAAUUCCACAACCCAAACCAACACAGCCACCUCCAACACAGCCACCUCAGCCUAGGCCACCACCCACCAGUCUGGAACCGGUUACAAACUUGGUGGUUUCAAAAUGGGAUAAUGGAGAGAAUGUUCCUGUAUCCAGCUCUUCUAGAUGGCCAAAAGUGGAAGUUCAAGCUCUUAUUAGUCUUAGAGCCGAUCUUGAUAUUAAGUAUCAAGAGCAAGGAGCUAAAGGGCCUUUAUGGGAGGAUAUCUCAGCUGGAAUGCAAAAGCUUGGAUAUAAUAGGAGUGCAAAGAGAUGCAAAGAGAAAUGGGAGAAUAUAAACAAGUAUUUCAAGAAAGUAAAAGAGAGCAACAGCAAGAGGUCUGGAGAUUCAAAAACUUGUCCAUACUUCGACCAGCUCGAUGCUCUAUACAAGGAGAAAAAUAAAAUGGAAAGCAGAGCCAGCACAGGUUAUGCUGUCAAGCCCAUUAGCACGAUGGAGCCAUUAAUGGUACGCCCGGAACAACAAUGCCCUUUUGAACAAGCAAACCAGCCUGAGACAAUCAUUGAAGAUAACGAAAGAGAUAUUAACAUCGAUCACAAUAUCGAAGAAGAUGAUGAUGAUGAUAUGGAUGAUGAUACUGAGGAAGAAGAUGAGGGAGUUGGUUUUGAAGUAGUAGCAAACAGACCAGCUUCAUUGACCAAUGGUGAGUAAGUCAAGGUAGGAAACUUCGUAUCAAAAUUACACUGUCAUGGUACAGACAAAGGGGGUAAAAUUUCCAAAUUCAAUUAUGAAUCAACACAUAUCGAUCAUUCAGAACUGAAUUAAGGUGCAUGCAGCGCUGAAGCUGUCCGAUCGAUUGAUGAGAAUGCAGGUUCUGGUUGCCAUGUGACUGGUGCCCACUUUUAUUUUUGCCCAUAUUUGUACACAUGGAUUCCAUUCUAUAGUGGAAAUUAGAGCAGUUUUUUACUUAA